AUGGCCACCCCCUGUACGGGGCCCCGCUACUGCUCCCACCAAAUUAUAUGGCUGGGAGCACAAUUGGGGUCGCCCGGUAGCCCCCGUGCGGGGGGCGGGGCGGGGAGGGGGGAGUUUGGCGGCGCCCCGUGGCCGCAACGGGGCGGGGAGAAAUUGCGGAAAGCCGCGCCGCGCCGCCCCGUAACGAACACUACCUACAGGGUGUUCAAGAUUACCUACAGGGCGUCCAGGCUCACGUUCAUGGCAUCCAGAAUGAGGUUGUCUUGGUUCCCAACAUACCUGCGUUGGUUGGGAUCGAUGCGCUGCAGCAACAGAUCAAUGCAAACCAUUUGCAAAUAGUUGCUCUUCUGGGACAGAUGCAGGAGCAAAUUGUGGGGAUGCAGGAGCAAUUUGGGGGGAUGCAGGAGCAAUUUGCGGGGAUGCAGAAUGAGUAUCUUUACCGAUCUCAGUUGGGCUAA